AUGAUUAACAAAGCCAAAAGCAAGUGUUUUAUUGAUGGUACCAAUUCAACCAGAAAACAACAAAUCAGCAGCAUAAUUGGUAUGGACAUAUCUAAUUUUCCUGAUAAGUAUCUUGGUAUCAUUCUAGCUCCAGGAAGGGUAACUACUGAAAUGGUCUGGCCAAUGGUUCUUAUGCUUCAGAGCAAACUUGCAGCUUGGAAAGGAAGAUUACUAUCUUUUCAUGACAGACUGAUUCUUGUUAAAACAGUUUUGUGCAGCUACCCUCUUUAUAAUAUGGCAGUUUACAAAUGGCCAUCUUCAGUUAUUAAGAUAUGUGAAAAACUAAUAAGGAACUUUUUAUGGUCAGGUGAUGGAGAGACUAGGAAGUAG